AUGCUGAGAGGGGCGCGAGAGGCGCGCGAAGUGAAGCGCGACAGCGACGCGGCCUUCGGCCCGGUGCCUGGCUUGGAAGUGCUGGAGGCGGCGGCGGAUUCAGCGGACUCGGAGGCGAAGGCCGCUGAAGAGGGGCAGCGGAUGCUCGGGUGCCUCUUCCUGCACACCGAUGUGGGGCCGCCUUCGAAGACGAAAGACGGGAUCCAGCCGUCGGUAUGGCGGGCCUUUACAAAGGCGCUCAGAGAGGUCAGUGGCUCUGGCUUAGAGGUGGACCUGAUCGCCGCGAAGCCUUGCAGAUACACCGCAGCAGCCGGAGAGAUGCCUUCGAAGCCGCCGGAACCGAGCUCUUCACCGCUGAGCCUCGUGCUUUUCCAGCUGGAGCGGCCGAGCUUUUCAGCGGAGUGGAUAGCUGAGGCCGUGUGCCGAGGCUUCGCAUCGGAGGCCGAUUCGAAGUCUUCCUUCUGCAGGGGGAGGCUGGCGCGGCAUCGUCCCCGGGAGCUGUUGCUACUUCAUGGGAGCCGCUUCGGGGCCCAGGCGCGCCUGUGGACGAGCUUGGCGCCGGGAAGCGAGGCAGUGCUCCGGCUCGGUGGGCCAAUCCCCUGGGACUUUCUGGCGGCUUUGGACUUCUUUGAGGUGCCCCGCUUCGUUGACGUGAAGUGCGUGCAGAUCGGCGCUUCGGGGCUUCUCAGGGCCGAGUGGGCACCGGCUCAGAGCGGCGAGGCGCCCUCGCCAAGUUCCGGCACCUUGGAGUGGAAAGCCGAUCCGGAUCCGAUCGCAUCGACGAAGAAGGUGAUCAGGGCCGAGGAGGCCUUGGAGGCACCCGAGGCUGAGGAGAGGGAGAGCUCCGAGGAGGAGGAGGCUGUCGAGGAAGAAGGCCCCGGGCCCCCGCAGCUCUGGGGGAUCAUCAGGGCCCGCAGGAGGAGGUGGGCUGACGAGACGGAUUCCGACGACGAAGGUCAGAAGAAGGUGGUUCGUAUGGCGCAUGCCGACUCGCUGCCGCCCGAAUCGGCCACAAGCUCGCUGCCGGAAGCGUCGCCGAAGGCCCAAUCUCCAGGCCCGAGCAGUGCCAGCCCCGCUUCCAACAGCAUCCGGCCGGGGCCCAGCAAGUUCGCGACCAGCUUCGGGAGCCCCAAGUCUCAGAUGCUCUCCUCCUCUUCUUGCAGCCCGAAGCACCGGAACUUCCCGUCCACCGACCAGGAGACCUCCGAGGCGACGGGAACGCACUCGCCUUCCCCCGAGCCGGAGGGGCCCUGGAGCUUGCCAGCGACCUCCAUGCACUGGAAGACCUUCGUGCGGAAGACUGCGGAGGCAAACGACAGUCGUGCGGAGGAGACCUGUGAACCAAGAGGCCGCAGCACGACUCCUGCGGCGUUGGGAGCACGAUCCGAACGGGGUCCGCUUCCGCUCGGCAAGUUGGGCAUUUGCUUCGAAGGAGCCCGACCAGGGCCACAGCUCGCAAGCACCGCAAGGGCCGAGCCCUUGCGGCCGGAUCAGCGAGAGCAGCGAGAGCAGAGCGCUUUGGCUUUGGGAUCGGGCCGCCUCGCCGCUCGGCUAAACGAGUCCCAGGACGAGGAGUCGGCCUCGAACGUGAAGCGAUCCCUGGGCCAAAGCAUGGAGCAGGUUUUGGCGCUGCUUGCAGAGGCUCGGGCCUUGGGCCUGGUGGACGAAGUGAGGACUGCAGAGAAGCGCCUGAAGGCCGCGAUGCUCCAAAGGCUGGGACCUGCGCCGUCCUCGACACCCUCGGCGCCCUCGCCGUCGCCUUCGCCAAGCUUCCCAGCUCCCGCAGGCUGCGGCUCUUCCGGUGCCGCCUCAGGUGUCGCUUCAGUGCCGCGCAGCCGGGCACUUAGCCGGGCAUCUUCUUGCGACUCCUUCUUCGACGGCGAGGCCCUGCGCUUCGUGCUGGCACCUUCGCCAUCGAACACACCAGGUGACAUUACUCAGUCGAACUCCCCACGCUCACAUUGCCACACCCCGGGUGGCGGUGCCUAUGGCGAUGAUUACCAGGCCUACCAUGGCAUCUACAGAGGCUCCUUGCCCAGCGCAGCCAGCAUAGACUCUGCGCUGCGAAAUGUGGCCGUGGCGGAGGCACUGCAGGUGCCACAACAAUGGGGAAACAGCCCGAGCCCGUGGGUCCAAACGCAACCGCAGCAAGUCAGCCAAGUGGCGGAGACCUUCGCCUUCGAGGAGGGACCGGCCGCAAACGCGGAAAAGACCACGUGGCAAGAGGCCUGGGCGGCGCCGCUUGUGCUGCGGGCCCCAGCAGCCCCCCAAGGCCCCCAAGGGCCCCAAGGCGCACCGUUGCGGCGGCGCAGCAAGGCCUCCGCAGAGUCCGGGCCGAGCUUAGGGUUCAUGUGGCAUAGCAGCCCCUUUGCCAUCUCCAGAACGCCCAACAUCCACACACCCGUCUCGCACCACUCUCCCGCCCGCUCCCCGACCUCCUUCAGUGGCUACUGCUCCCCCAUCCCGGGCUUCCCCUCUGGAGUGGCCUCCCCCAACCGCCGCUCCGGCUACUCCUCCCCUUCCACUGGCCUGAACGCAGCGGCUUUCUUCACCGGCGCCGCGGCUGCGGCCACUCAGUCCGGGCUCAUGCGCCGGCUCAUGUCCUUAAGAGAGGCCCGCGGAGAAGAGCGGGAGGAGGACAGCGAGUGGUCCAGCGAGGACCUCUCGGAUGGCGACGGAGAGAAACCGCCCGACCUCUUGGAGCUGCUCUUGAAGCACGCGGAGCGCGUGGCUCCGCGCCGGGGGGGACGGGAGCCGAGAUCGCUGUGCUUGGACCUGAGCUCUGAGCUGUUGCCUGUGCGGCUCCGGGGCCUGUUGCCGUGCCAUGCGAUCCCGUUUCUCAACGCCUGGGUCCAGGCACUGCUGGCGUGCUCGCCACUUUGUCAUCUAUUGGCACAGGUCUCCUGGCAGAAGCAGCCGCAUCAGCGUCCGGCAUACAACUGCCUCAUGCAGUUGGCUUGGGAGUUUUACGGAAACUCGUCAGAGCUGCGCUCUGCUGCGGGCUCCGCUGCGGGCUCUGCAGGCUCCGUUUUCAAUCGCCUGCAUGUGGCCGCCUCGGGCGAUCGCGGCGACCACGUCGACGCAGCUUUCCUCGCCGAGCCGCUGCUAAGACGCUUUGAGAGGGGGAAGUCGGUGCAAGAGGCGCCGGUUUUCCCCGACCUCGUCGGUCCCGACAUGUUCUCCUGCUUCCUGCGGUUCUUCCUUGGCGAACUUCAUGACGAGUGCAAGUGGCCCACUCUCUCCGCGGUGCCUUACCAGCACGAGGACUCACCGAUGAUGCGAAUCUUCGGCGGGCUCGUCCGGAAGUCCCAUGGCAGGCGAGUGAGCACCCUCGGCGAUGGUCAUGCUCACACGGAUGUGGCGCCCUUCCUCUUGCUUCACCUGGAUCUUGCGGACCCCUUCGGGGAUCCCAAAACCCCCAUCUCAGUGGAGACUUCCGUGGAGCAGCUACUGACGCGACAGGAAGCCCGGUUCCUGCGGCUCCCACCCUUCUUGCUCCUCCACCUGCACCGAUUCCGCACUGGGAGCGAUGGCUUACCGGACCGCGUCAACCGCAAGUGUCGCAUCGGCCUUGAAAUGGAGCUGGAAGAGGCCACGGGCUACACCCUGCGCUCGGUCACGUACCAGCUGCGGAGCGCCAUCUGCCACUACGGCGAGGUCCCGGAGGGCGGGGCCUACAAGGCUUUCGCCCUGCAUCGCUGCGACGAGGAGGAGAGCGGCGGCCAGGGCCGCUGGCACGUGCUGGAGGACGCGGCGGUGCGCGGGAAGAAGGACAUCCAGGAGAUCAUCGACUCGGAGGGGCACCACGCCUGCUUGCUGAUGUUCCGGCGGCAAGACACCAAGACCGUGAAUCUCAGGCCGCAUGCCGUCUUUUCUUGA